AAUACUCCAUCCGAAACAACCCCGCUCCAACCCAAACCAAACGAAGCUUCUCCGCGCCCCCGUCCAGCCCUCGAACCCAUCAUAAACCCACCCCAACCAAAUCCAAGAGACAAAAUGUCCCAAGCCUACGAGCGCGAACAACAGAACAACGCGCACCUCUCCGACCUCGCCUCGAAAGUCUCCGCUUUACGCGGCGUAACAAUCGAUAUCUAUGAUAGUGCAAGGGACCAGGGGGUUAUUGAUUCCACGAGCGAGACGUUCUCCUCCCUCAGCACCUCACUCCGCGGAUCCGCAACGCGAUUAACCCGGAUGGCAGCGUCUGGGAACCGGGUUGCGGUGUUGAAGUUAGCUGGGAUGCUGAUAGGGGGGGUUGUUGUGAUAUAUUGGGUGGGGAGUUUUUUCUUUUAGGGUUGGGCUAUUAUUUUGAGAGGGGAUGUUUCAGGUUGAGGUUCCAUAAUAUACUAGGGGGCGUUGCGGUGUACCAUAUUUAUCAAAUUUCAUCACGAUCAUGCAUGUCACAAACAA